AGGCCCCUGUUGCACGAAUCCUCNCCCGAACGCACAAAUUCAACAUUUGAUACUGCUCGUCGAAAAACUCGUCGCUACCUAAACUCUAAGUUUGGUCAUUAUGCCGUCCUGCUCCUAGUAUCACUCGACUGCACCUGUAUCUUUUCCGAGUUCGUCAUCCAGAUCCUCAGCUGUGAAGGCAGGAUCUCCGAGCCGCGAGCUCAUGUUGCUCAAGAAGCAAUAGGCAUUAUUGGCUUGAUCUUCUCCUGCUUGUUCAUGCUAGAACUGUUGGCAAGUAUUUGGGCCUUUGGAUUCCAGUAUGAAGAACCCAAUGUCCUUUUUCGGUCCAAAUUUCAUUGUUUCGAUGCAACGGUCAUUGUAGCCAGCUUCAUCUUAGACGUUCUUCUGCGUGGCAUUCUCGAAGAGGUCGCUUCUCUGGUUAUCAUCCUACGUCUCUGGCGUGUCUUCACGAUCAUGGAGGAAUUGAGCGUCGGUACCCAAGAGCAAACUGAAGCACUACGUGAACAGAUCGAGCGGCUCGAACAGGAGAAGUCGCAGAUGAAGGUCGAGCUGACCAGGCUGAAAUCAAGGGUCCAAGAGUCAUGA